AUGGUGUGGGACCUCUGCCUGUUCGCGGGCGGCAGCUGCGCGGGCGCGGCGCUGCUCAUGGAGGUGCAUCCGCCGGCCCGCGACUGGGACGCGGUGCGGCCGCUGCACGUCUGGCGCUGCGACUCGCAGGAUCUGGAGAACUUCCUCGACACUGGGUCGAGCGAGUUCCACUGGAACGCGUCCGACGAGGCGUGGAGGGCCGUCUCGGAGGAGAGCUACCACCAGCCCUACGAGGUCUCGCAGCUCUGGUGGCUGCCGCUGUGCGGGCAGGUGAAGGUGGACUGCGCGCUCGGCUACACGGGGUCCGUCAAGGUCGGGUGCAGCGCCAAGGGCCAGUACCAGCGGCUCAAGGGCCGCUGCAGCGAGGCGACCUGCAAGGGGGAGACGAUCCCCGCCGUGCCGAACGCGCAGCAGGGGUGCUGGGACAGCGAGGUGGUGAGCACCAUCGUGCACGGGAAGAACUGCACCUACACCUGCAACCCUGGUUUCCGGGGGCAGCCGGUGGCCAAGUGCGGGAACGACGGCGCGUGGAGGCUGUCCGGCGAGGAGUGCUCGCAGGUCUUCUGCGCGGCCGCCCCGAGGCUGGAACACAUGACCCUCGUGAAGGACGUCACGCACGCCGCGGUGGGCGCGCGGGUGGACUACACGUGCGAGGACGGCUACUGGCCCGAGACCGCAGACGACACAGUGCACGCGGUGUGCGAGAUGUCCGGUGAGUUCGUCCUGAAGGGCAGCUGCAAGAUGGGCUGCCGCGACGACGCCCUGCCAGCUUUCGACAAUGCCGAAAAGCCAGUGCCACCCAGACGCUUCGUGGACGGCAUGGAGGUGAAUUACACCUGCGGGGAGCACUACGGCGCCGACCUCCGGGAGGGCGGGCGCGUGUACGCGAAGUGCGGGGCAGACGGCGAGAUCACGAGGCACGGCAGGUGCGUCGAGGUCUGCCGCAGGCCCUCCGGCCUGGAGCUCGCCGAGCGCCACGCGACGGACGCCGUCACGUACGCGCAGGUGACCGUUGGGACGGACCUCAAGUUCGAGUGCAUCCCGGGCUACCUCGGCUCCAUCACCGCCACGUGCAGCUCCGGAGGUGUCUACACUUGGGAGGGGCGCUGCAAGAUCUUGUGCAAGGCGAUCCGCGAGGUGCGCCACGCCAAGCCCCUGGACGAGUCGCUGGAGUUCGGGGGCGGCAAGGUCCUGGACUACAGGUGUCAGGGCGGCUUCACCGGCCAGUUUCGCGCCGUCUGCGGCGAGCAGGACGGCGAGUGGAGAUUCCAGGGGCCGAGCCAGAAUCCGCAGUGCAAGGCGGUGGGCUGCAAGGACCUGAGCUCCUUCCUGGACGAGACUUUGCCCGACUCGUGGAGGGACACCAUGGAGGUAGACGAGACCCUGCACGUGUUCGAGGAGUCCGAGCAGGACGUCGUCACGCUCCGGUGCAGGCCGGGGUACCAGGGCCACCCCGGGGCGGCCGUUCGCGCUCUGCAUCCACGCGGAGCAGCGUUGGGAGUACAGAGGUUCGUGCGCCAAGAUCAGCUCUGGCAGCGUCGCUGGCCCCAUGGCUGGCGGCGUCGUGCUGGGCGGCGGCGCGGCCGCGGCCGGGUUUGCGGUGUACAGGGUCUGGCUUCUGCGCCAGGCGGCUGCAGCCCAGGCGCGGCUGGGCCCCAGCUCCGCCAGGGCGGUCCCGCUGGUGCCGCCGCCGCCGCGCGCCUGACGCCGUGCCCGCGGCCCCGGCCCCCCCCCCCAUGGGCGGCGCGUGCCGCUCCCGCCGAGGGCCUCCU